AUGUUGCCAGUCGUCCUAAUCGUAGGCUUGAGUCUCUUGGUGCUUUAUGCAAUACGUACCCUGCAACAGUAUUGGGCGUUGAGUGAGUUCAAGGGACCAUGGUCAGCAGGAUUCUCGAGGUUGUGGCUUUUAAGAGCCAAUGGCUCUGGAAAGAUGAACAUUGCAUUUACAGAAGUAAAUGAUAAAUAUGGGCCAACUGCUCGGGUGUCACCCAACAUGCUCAUCACCACUGAUCCGGAACUAUAUAAACGUAUGCACGCUGUGCGCAGCCCUUUUGUCCGCAGUGAAUGGUACACAGCCUUGCGACUGCACCCGACAAGGGACAACAUCACAUCCGUGAUUGACGAGGGAGUCCAUGCAGACCUUCGCAAUCGCAUGUCGACUGGAUAUUCUGGCAAGGAGAAUCUCCAUAUGGAAGACGAUGUUGACUAUCGCCUCUUGCAACUGUUCGAGCUCAUCGACUCGAAGUAUGUUUCUUCAGAAAGGGACUACCGUCCAGUGGACAUUUCUCGCCUUUACUCCUAUUUUACUCUGGACGUCAUCUCAAGCAUUGCCUUUGGUCAAGAAUUCGGCUUUCUGGAAAGAGACGACGACCCCUUCGGCUACAUCGACAAUCUCCAAGAAUUCCUUCCUGCCAUCAUCCUCUUCGGUGCAUACCCCGAACUUCAGAAAAUCUUGCGUCUGCCUCUGCUGAAACAUGUCAUGCCCAAAUCAACAGACAAACGUGGUCUCGGCCGCGUCAUGGGCUUCGCCAAAGAGCGCGUAGACGAACGCUUCGGCGAAAAGCCAGUAGUGCGCCACGACAUGUUAGGCUCAUUCAUAAAACGCGGCCUCACCCAAGAACAACUCGAAUCCGAGACCUUGACACAAAUCACUGCUGGCAGCGAUAGUACAGCCUCAGCGAUACGCAUGACAUUACACUUUAUCUCCACUACACCACACGUGCACUCUCGUCUUGUGGCAGAGUUCAAGAAUGCGUUGGCUGCGGGCAAAGUCUCCAGACCUGUUAUUCGCGACGCUGAAGCUCGUGCUUUGCCGUAUUUGCAGGCUUGUAUCAAAGAGGGUUUGCGUAUGUAUCCGCCAGUUACUGGUCUGCUUGCCAAAGCCGUGCCUCCAGAAGGUGCAACCAUCGAUGGAAAAUUCGUCAAAGGCGGCACUCAAAUUGCUUGGAACUCGUGGGGUAUGCAACGCGACAAAGACAUCUACGGCGUCGAUCCAGAAAUUUUCAGACCCGAGCGAUGGCUCUUACGCGAUGCUUCUGAGGCUGAAAGAAAGCGUCUAGAAAGAAUGACAGAAACAGUGGGUUUGGUGUUUGGGUACGGACGUUUCGGAUGUCUCGGUAGAGGUGUUGCGACCAUGGAGUUGAACAAAGGUGUUAUUGAGGUAAGUGUUUUUGCUCUCUUCUUCUGUCCCUCACUAACCAUCACAACAGACUCUUAUUCGUUACGAACUCCAACCCGCCAGUCUCUCGAAACCAUUCGUCGAGCGUUGUGUAGGCUUUUUCCUGCACACUGA